AUGCUUCAGCUUACUGAUUCGAUGCUUCGUGGUGUCAUGCACCAUCGCGUGCAAUUCCCCUUGGAAGUUUUCCACCCACCUGCCUUUCAGCCCAAAACGUUUUUGCUGUCCUACCCAACGCCCGAGUCAGACACCACAAGUAUCGCUUCCACGACGCCUAGUGAUGCCUCUUCGGUUUUCACGCCAGUUCAGCGUGAGCGGAUGAGUCUCCGCUUUAUCACUAAUCCGGACCCGGUGCACCUGAACGUUUCGCAAGACGGGGGCCUCAUCUGCUCGAAGAAAAACUGCUACCGCUUGGCCCAUAGCCUCUUUGGAGCCUUCUGCGAAUUUCACAAGCCCAGUCGACUCUGCAAAGUCCACGAUUGCCGCAAGUGUGCCAAAACUGGGGGCUUUUGUAUCUCGCACGGUGGUGGGAGACGGUGUCGUCGCGAUGGCUGCAUUAAGAGCGCGAAGGAAGGUGGUUACUGUAUUGCUCAUGGGGGCGGUAAGCGCUGCCGUGAAGAAGGAUGCUCCAAAUCUGCACUGGCAGGAGGGCUUUGUUCAGCGCACGGCGGCGGCAAGCGCUGUAGCAAGCUCACGUGCUCCAAGACGGCACUCAAGGGCGGUCUCUGUAUUGCCCACGGCGGUGGUAGAAGAUGUGAGGUCGUCGGGUGUUCCAAGAGUGCUGUCGGCGGCCACCAUUGCGUCUCUCAUGGUGGCGGACGUCGAUGUCGAGAAGAAGGCUGCGAAAAGGGCGCUGUACGUCGUGGAGUGUGCAUCCGUCACGGGGCACGGCAAGACUAA